AUGUUGUCAAGACGAAUCUCAAAUCAUCUGGUUCACCAGCGAACCCGUCGUCUUCUCACUCACUCCUCCGUCCAAGGCGCGCUUCAGCCACCUUUAGUUCACACAACCCUACCGGACUACUUUGCCUCCAAGAUCCUCGCCGAACAUAGUACUCGUCCGGCCCUUGUUUGCCGCAAAGAGUCACCACACGAACAUGGCGGCCCUCUGUCUCACAAUCUCGGCCGGGCUGAUCGUCUUGCGUGGUCAUUUCAAGAAUUCGAUAGUAAAAUCAAUGCUCUUGCCCGAGGUCUGUUGGCCAUGGGUGUCCAACCCGGGGAGCGAGUGGGAGUCUUAAUGGGCAAUAACAGCGCGUAUGCGAUGCUCCAAUGGGCAUGUGCUAGUAUCGGAGCAAUACUAGUCACCAUAAACCCAGCCUACAGGGUUCAUGAGCUGGCAUCAGUAUUGAACCUAGUGGGAGUGUCUCGACUCUUCAUUGUUCCCCGCAUUCGCUCGUCCUCCUACCUUGACAUGGUGGUCUCCAAAUUCCCGGAACUACGCGGGUCACCCGCUGGAAAUCCAAUUCAGCUUGAAGAGCUUCCUGCUCUGCGCGACAUUAUCGUUGUCGACAACACUGGUCAGUUCUCCGCUGAGGCCGAGAAAUUACGGUUUAAAAACUGGAUUGAUUGGCGGGAGAUUCUUAUUUGGGACGAGUCUGCAUCAGAAAGUCGCGUCCAAAAGCGCAUCGAACGCGGUCUGAACAAGGACGACGUAAUUAAUCUUCAGUUUACGAGUGGCACCACUGGAGCACCCAAGGCAGUCUCGCUGACACACCAUAAUCUGCUCAAUAAUGGUUUGUCUAUCGGUCGAUGCAUGAAUCUCACAGAGCAAGACGUUCUCGACGUUUUCUUCUUGAGGCAUUUAUCUAACCAUCUCAAACGCCUCGUAUUGGGUAACCUCGCCGCCUGGUCGCACGGGGCCUGCAUAGUCUACCCUUCUGAGAUCUUCCACCCACCCUCCAUCGUAGAUGCAAUCAUCGAGGAGAAAUGCACUGCCCUCCAUGGUGUACCAACACACUUCAAUGGUGUCUUGUCUGAAGUGGACAAACGGCGUAGCAGUGGCGAAGCUGUAGACAUUCGGAAUCUCAGGCGAGGUCAAAGGACUGGAAUUGCUGCUGGUUCGCCGAUACCCAUUGAACUGAUGAAAAGCUUGAUUUCCAAGCUUAAUCUCAGCGAACUAACAAACGCUUAUGGAAUGACUGAGACGAGCCCUGUUUCUUUUCAAACUAUACCAACUGAUCCAGUUCUCAAACGCGUGGAGACUGUCGGCCGAGUUCAACCACAUGUCAAGGCCAAGUUAAUUGAUUCAGAAGGAAAGAUAGUUCCUGUAGGAACACCAGGGGAGAUUUGUGUUGCGGGCUAUUUGUUGCAAAAGGGCUACUGGGAAGACAAACAACAAACAGACCAAGUGAUGCAAACCGAUGAGCAGGGUACACUCUGGAUGCAUACAGGUGACGAAGGUAUCAUGGAUUCAGACGGCUACCUCAAAAUCGUCAGCAGAAUCAAGGACAUUAUAAUCAGAGGCGGGGAGAAUUUGUUCCCAAUUCAGAUUGAAGAUGCCAUUCUGACCAAUCUCACGCCCUCGGUUGAAGAGGCCGCUGUCGUUGCCGUCCCAGAUAAUCAAUACGGCGAGCUUGUCGGUGUCUGGAUCGUCCGUCGGAAGUCUGGGCCCAUGAUUUCGAGGGAAGACAUACGUCGCAAGGUGUGGGAGGUCAUGAAUCCACAGAAUGCCCCGUCGUGGGUAUUCUUUGUUGGCGAGGACGGUCCAGAGUCUGAGCUGCCCAAGACGGCCAGUGGAAAAGUCAUGAAGCACAUUCUAAGGGAUUGGAGUCGGGAUUUAGCCAAGCGAGGGGUGGGUCGCGUGCAAACAUAG